UCGGGCCCCGGACCUUGUUUCCGGUUAGUCCAUCAAGCUGCAAUAUCCAAGCCUUGACAUUGCGAAGAUGGAGGCUGUUAUGGCUUAGACCGGGAUACAUAGAAAGCACAAACUGCGAGUUUCAGAACUUUGUUAUGACAGCAUUUCCAGUUGGUCAAGCAGGUGGAGGCAGGAGGUGUGAGUAGAGUGCAGCAGACAUCAGCAGAAUGUACUCCGAGUGGCGCUCGCUGCAGCUGGUGGUGCAGAGUGACCAGGGCCACCUCAGCGUUCUGCACACCUAUCCCACCACUGUGGGCACAGAGGUGGCAAAUGCUGUGGUCAAGCCUCUGGGCACAGCUGUGAGCCCCGUCGCCACAGAGAGCAUCCUCAAGACAGACAAAGAGGUGAAGUGGACCAUGGAAGUGCUGUGUUAUGGCCUGACCCUCCCCCUGGAGGGGGACACUGUCAAGCUGUGUGUGGACGUUUACACAGACUGGAUGAUGGCCCUGGUGUCACCCAGAGACUCAAUGCCACAGCCUGUGGUAAAGGAGCCCAAUAUGUAUGUCCAGACCAUUCUCAAACAUCUCUACAAUGUCUUCGUGCCAAGGCCUGAGCAUCAUAGUCUGAACCACAUCAGGCUGUGCCAGCAGGUUCUGACUGCAGUCCAGAAGCUGGCACGAGAGUCGGUUUCCAUGGUGAGAGAAACCUGGGAGGUGCUCCUGCUCUUCCUUCUUCGCAUCAAUGACACACUACUUGCACCACCCACAGUUGGAGUCGGGGUAGCAGAGAAACUGGCAGAGAAAUUGAUGGCAGUGCUGUUUGAGGUGUGGCUCCUGGCAUGCGCUCGCUGCUUUCCCACACCGCCUUACUGGAAGACUGCAAGAGAAAUGCUGGCCAACUGGAGACAUCACCCUCCUGUGGUAGAACAGUGGAGCAGGGUGGCCUGUGCUCUGACCUCUAGACUUCUGCGUUUUACCCAUGGACCAUCAUUCCCAACUUUCAAAGUUCCUGAUGAGGAUGCCAGUUUGAUUCCUUUAGAGAUGGACAAUGACUGCGUGGCACAGACAUGGUACCGCUUUCUCCACAUGCUCAGCAACCCAGUAGACCUGAGCAACCCUGCAAUAGUGAGCACCACUCCAAAGUUCCAGGAACAGUUUCUCAACUCGAGUGGUAUCCCCCAUGAGGUGGUUCUGCAUCCGUGUUUGAAACAGCUUCCCCAGAUCUUCUUCAGGGCCAUGAGGGGAGUCAGCUGCCUAGUAGAUGCCUUCUUAGGUAUAUCACGUCCCAGGGCUGACAGUGCUCCGCCCACCCCGGUCAACAGAAUGAGCAUGUCCCCGCCCCCCUCCAUCACCAACACCACGCCCCCUCACAGCCGCAAGCAACGGCAUACAGCGGUCACAAAAACUGCAAGCAAGAGUUCAGCUAGCAGUGGUAGUCAAUCAACCAAAGCAUCCCAGCAGCAACAGCAGCAGCAAACGUCGUCCUCCCCGACCUUACUUUCCAGUCCCAACCAGAGCAGUUGGGAGUCUCGGCCCCUGCCAGCCCCGGCUCGGCCAAAGGUCAACAGCAUCCUCAACCUGUUUGGCCAGUGGCUUUUCGAUGCUGCCCUGGUCCACUGUAAGCUCCACAGCGGCCUCAGCCGGGACCCCAGCAUGACUGCCUCUUUUAUCCAAAUUCUCCUUUCUUAUAAAUCUUCGAUAGCCACUCAAGUGGGCCUGGAGCUGAGAAGGAAGGGAUCCCAAAUGUCCACUGACUCCAUGGUUUCCAACCCAAUGUUUGAUGCCAACGAGUUCCCAGAGAGCUAUGAGGCAGGUCGAGCUGAGGCCUGUGGGACUCUCUGUCGCAUCUUCUGUAGCAAGAAAACUGGAGAGGAGAUUCUGCCUGUUUACCUGUCCAGGUUCUACAUGGUCCUGAUUCAGGGUCUCCAGAUUUCCGAUUUCAUCUGUAGACCAGUUCUAGCUUCUAUCAUUCUCAACUCUUCCUCUCUCUUCUGCACUGAUCUGAAGGGCAUCAAUGUGGUGGUGCCCUACUUCAUAGCUGCACUGGAGACUAUUGUGCCAGACAGAGAGCUGUCCAAAUUCAAGAUGUAUGUAAAUCCUACUGACCUGAGGAGAGCCUCGAUCAACAUCCUGCUUGCCAUGCUGCCACUGCCGCAUCACUUUGGCAACAUCAAAUCAGAGGUUCUGUUGGAGGGGAAGUUCAAUGAGGAGGAUGGAUGGCCUCAUGACCAGCCAGUGUCUUUUCUAUCGCUGAGACUACGUCUUGUCAAUGUCCUGAUCGGAGCACUGCAGACUGAGACUGACCCCACAAACACACAGCUCAUCCUGGGUGCAAUGCUGAAUAUUGUUCAAGACUCAGCAUUAUUAGAGUCCAUAGGUGCACAGACUGAAACAGGGAGUAUAGAUGGAAGCCACAUGACGGUGAAGAGUCAGAGUCACAGCCGUACAAACAGUGGCAUCAGCUUCACCAGUGGGGGCAGCAUGGAGGCCACCAGCCCAGACUCUGAGCGUCCUGCACAAGCACUGCUCCGAGACUAUGCUCUUGCAGAUACAGCGGCAGGCCUGCUGGUGCGCAGCAUCCACCUGGUCACUCAGAGGCUCAACUCCCAGUGGAGACAAGACAUGAGCAUUUCACUCGCUGCACUGGAGCUGCUGGCUGGGCUUGCUAAGGUGAAAGUCGGAGUUGACUCUGCAGACCGUAAACGUGCUGUCAGCUCUAUAUGUGGCUACAUUGUGUACCAGUGUAGCCGUCCUGCUCCUCUUCAAUCAAGAGAUCUUCACUCCAUGAUUGUAGCUGCCUUCCAGUUCCUCUGUGUGUGGCUCACAGAGCACCCUGACAUGUUGGAUGAGAAGGAUUGUCUGGUAGAGGUGUUGGAAAUUGUGGAACUGGGAAUCUCUGGCAGUAAGUCCCGGCAGGAACAGGAAGUUCGACAUAAAGGGGAGAAAGAGCACAACCCUGCUUCAAUGAGAGUGAAGGAUGCUGCGGAGGCGACUUUAUCUUGUAUCAUGCAGGUGCUGGGGGCUUUCCCUUCUCCCAGCGGACCUGCCUCCACCUGCAGCCUGUUGAAUGAAGACACCCUGAUUCGCUAUGCCAGACUGAGUGCCACAGGAGCCAGUAACUUCCGCUACUUUGUCCUGGACAACUCUGUCAUCCUUGCAAUGCUGGAGCAACCUCUUGGCAACGAGCAGAACCCCAGUCCAUCGGUGACAGUGUUGAUCCGAGGGACAGCUGGCAGACAUGCCUGGACCAUGCAGCUCUUCCAUCAACCAAGAGGUGCUCGGGCCAAUCAGAGGCAGGUGUUUGUUCCCGAGGGCCGUCCAACACCCAACAAUGAUGUGGGGAUCAAGUACAACGUCAAGCAGAGGCCCUUUCCUGAAGAGGUGGAUAAGAUCCCUCUGGUCAAAGCUGAUGUUAGCAUUCCUGACCUGGAUGACAUUGUCAGUAAGGAGCUGGAAGUUCAGCACGACAAGCUUCGUAUGCUAAUGACCAAACAGACAGAUUAUGAGAAUACCUUGGAGCGACUCAGUGAGGAGAUCUGGAAGUCCAAACCUUACCCCGACCCACAGACAGACUGCAAACCUCCUCCUCCCUCGCAGGAGUUCCAGACAGCUCGCCUCUUCCUCUCCCAUUUUGGCUUUCUAUCCCUGGAGGCACUUAAGGAACCCAGCAACAGUCGUCUACCUCCUCAUCUGAUUGGCCUGGAGUCGUCCUUGCCAGGAUUUUUUGAUGACAUUAGCUACCUGGACCUGCUUCCCUGCCGACCCUUCGACACUGUCUUUAUUUUCUAUGUGAGAGCUGGACAGAAAAGCGGCCCUGAGAUACUGAGGAAUGUGGAGUCAUCGAGCAGCGUCCAGCCCCACUUUUUGGAGUUCCUGUUUUCUCUAGGCUGGCCUGUGGACGUAGGACGCCACCCAGGGUGGACUGGACACCUAGACACUAGCUGGUCCCUGAAUUCCUGCUCUGACAGCAAUGAUAUACAACAAACAGAGGAGGCAGCAACUCCGGAGGACACAGGAGGUUCAGUGUUCAACGGAGAGAAGAAAGUUUUGUACUAUGCUGACGCUUUGACAGAGAUUGCCUUCGUUGUUCCAUCUCUAACAGAAAGUUCUGAGGAGUCAUCAGUGCACAGUGACUCCACAGUGGAGGCGGACACCAACCCAGACCUCAUGCCUGGUAUACUCAAACAACCCAAUCUGACACUGGAGCUGUUCCCCAACCAUUCUGAAAACCUGGAGUCUGCCAAAAAGCUGAGUCCUUUGGUGAAGACAAAAAGAUCAUCAACUGGAAAGUCUUUCCCCCAGCUGGGGCCUGAGACGAAGGUGUUCGUGGUGUGGUUGGAGCGCUUUGAUGAUAUUGAAAACUUCCCGUUGACUGAUCUCUUGGCGGAAACCAGCACAGGCCUGGAAGCCAGCAUGAGCAACAGCACUUCCUGCAGGUCAGGGUUACUAGAAAAGGACGUUCCUCUGAUCUUCAUCCACCCUUUGAAGACGGGACUCUUCAGGAUUCGACUGCAUGGAGCCGUGGGCAAAUUCGGCAUGGUGAUUCCUCUGGUGGAUGGUAUGGUCGUCAGCCGCAGAGCUCUAGGUUUUCUUGUGCGUCAAACGGUCAUCAACGUGUGCCGACGGAAGCGCCUUGAAAGUGACUUGUACAACCCACCUCAUGUGAGGCGGAAGCAGAAAAUAACUGAGAUUGUCCAGCGCUAUCGCAACAAGCAGCUGGAGCCGGAGUUUUACACCUCGCUCUUCCACGAGGUGGGCGAAGGAAAGCCUCACCUCUAAUUCCCCUGUCCUGUCCUAACACUGGCUCGCAAGCGCACACAACACACACACACACACACACACACACACACACACACACACACACACACACACACACACACACACACACACACACACACACACACACACACACACAGAAUCUUUAUAUUUAUACUGUACUAUUUUGUUAUUUAUAUGAAUACAUAUAUCAACACUGUUUGCCUUUGACUCCAAGAUCAAAGUGUCAAAAACCAUGCCAAGGUGGAAAAAAAACCUACAUGUCUGUGUUGCAGCCGCUCACUGAAGAUCUAAACGGCUGAAGUUCAACAGUGACCGUCUCUCCUCGUUUAGGUUCAUGCUUCGCGGCAAAAGAAUUUCUGCUUGUCUUUAACUGCAAUACAAUAAUUACACUGUUGGCCUUUCUGAACUUGUAAAAAGUUUGUCCUUUUAAAUCUUGUGAUAUGAAUGAAUUUCAAGAGGUUUGGUAAUACAGAAUUGUGUCCAAAAAUCCAGAUCUGCAUAUCUGUUUUUGUUUCAAACAGAUUUAUGGUUGGAUUCUUGCCAAGGAGAUAAACAUGUAAGCAUCAUUAAAAUGUUUUUUUUGUUUUGUUAUAUACACAGCUUCAAAGCAGGUGGCUUCAAGAAAACAAAGAAAUUGUUAGCUCUUAAUCAAAUUGUCAUCUACAUCCAGACACCUGCUAGAGUCUUCCUAGUGCAAACACACAUUUGGCCACUGCAGCAGCUGACUGAGCACACAGAUAUUGUUUUUUCUGGUUGUUCCCGCAUGAUUUGUCAGACUAACAUUGUUUUACUGGAUGUGGAUCUCAUUUUUGACACCUGUGUUGUGUCUAUGUGUGUGUGUGUCUAUGUGUGACAUAUUUGCUUCUUCAGCCAGUCAACUGACACUACAAGGAGUCAGGGACCCCUGCAAACCUGAUACGUGGCAUUGAAAGAGGAAUUCUUUCACUUCAAACAAAUGAGAAUCUCAAGAUAAUACCGUUUUCACAUUUGCAGAAUCUCUCAACCAAGACAUGACCUUAGAAUGAGUUUACUCUUUAAUGCUGGAUAACACCUGAGUUUACUGAUAGUGAGAGCAGUUACAGAGCUCCUUCUGGACUUGAUGUUUGCAGGGCUCAUUUGAAAUGACCACAAAGACUUUGUUAGGUUUGAAGCCAAUACCAAACACUACCACAGCACAGUUUUUAAGUGUCUUGCUUCUCCAAACAAAAUCUAGACGAUGGAUUCAAAGGCCAAAACACUCAAUGUAGCGAACAGCAUUAUAUCAGUUUCACUCUGGCAGAUCAAAGCGGCCAUUUUUUUUUACCCAAGAAGAGAAGAUGUGCCGUUUUUGUCUUCACAAUUGCUUUACUAACAUUUUGUCUUUUUUUUUUAUUAUUAUUUUGCUUAAAAAUGACUUUCACCAUUGUUUACUCACUGUACUUCGGUUUUGAUUCAAGCCCUCUCAUUGUCUGCCUGUAACAAUGUGAAUUUAUUUAUCACAGAAAUGGAACAGGGCAAACACCUCUAGUUUCUUGGUUAUAUCGGAAAGUCUUAAUGCACUGAGCACAUUUUUUUUUGGUUUCUAUUCUCUUUUGGUUAACUUACAUGUCUUUUUGUACUUUUGUGCAUUUUGGAGGAAAACCCCUGCUGAAGGAAGAGUUUUAUCUUGUGAUAUAUGAAUGAAGAAGAGGCGUCGUGGAAUUUUUAACCUAUCGCGUCUAAUUGUGACUCACUUUUUAUGACAGUGCUGGAUGCACAUGCCUUUUUUUGGAAGGAAAGUACAUUAAAUAUGCUUCAAAGAAACUGCAUACGUUCAGUCACACGUUGUAUCCUGUUACUCCUCUGAUGUUUGAUCGUAUUUAAGGAUUUGCCAUGUACAGAAGCGGAGGAUAAUAUGUAAAUAUAUGAUAGUGUAAGGCAUUUACAAGUUGUCUGUUGCAUUCCUCAUCUGAGACAGCAGAAAAGUUAUGUAUGUAUGCAAUUAUGUGUGGGAGGAACGCAAUGGGUAUUGAAUGUAACAUGCAUCAAUUAAAACUAUUAUUGACAUUUUAA